CCAAUGAAUUUGAAGAAGGAAUCGUCUGAGCGGCUCUGGAAAAUGACUCGUAAUGCCAUGUUCAAGGAGAAUAUGGAUGUAGGGAUGAAGACAAUGUUUCAUCUGCAUAACCGCGUAUAUGCUGUGAAGGACUUUGACAUGUUCAUCUUUCCAAUCCAUGACUCUUCACAUCAAUAUAUAAUUUCAAACAACAUGAAGAAGCCGAUGUGGGAUAUAAUAGACAACCGAGUGCCAAUUGCAGGCUUCAAUGGCUUUAAACGAAUGUAUGGCGACCUGCCUUAUCGUCUGCAUGAAUGCUUCUGCGAGUGGAUUUCCAUGUACAAGCUACCUAAGGAGAGUGAAAUUGUGAAGCUAAGCCCGAGAGUGGUGAGGAUGGGUUGGCAAACAAAAGAAAACUCUGUAGAUCGCAGUAUAUUUGUCAUGCGAGUUAUGGAGACGUAUAUGGGGACUCUGCUCGGAUGGACCACCGGCCUAAGGACAGAGAACGACAAUCAGAAGAGCUUGCUGAACAAGUUGCGCGUGGUGUACGGACAUAAAAUCCUAACCUGGGAGCACAACAGUAAAAGGGAAUAUGUGAUGGGAGGGGCGACAUACUUGAACAAGGGAAAGAAAAUUGCAGAAUAGUUUUUUUUUUUUGGUAUUUUCUUUAUUGUUGAGAGAGGGAUAUUGUUUAAGGUUGACUUCAUUUGAUCUCUGUGAACUUUAAAGCAAAACGCUUUGUGGCAAAAUACUUUAGUCUUGCUAAGCUCUGCCAUUUCAAAUUAUGUUGUCGUUUGCUAUGUUUAAUAAAAGCUCUACGCGUUAUUGCAGUAGUAUUCUAUGGCUGAAA